UGUGGGAGGGAGGGGUGUGCGCGUAGAAGCUCAUGCUAGGCCGCUCUCCUCCGAGGAGGGGUGUGUGUGUCCCUUUAAGAGUGUGGACGCGCCAAGCCUCCGAGGCUUUGAGGAGGGAGACGGGAGGCGCAGAAGCGGCGGCGGCGGCGGCAGCCGCGGCGGCCAGAGCCUGGAAGGAUGGCGGACACAGACCUAUUUAUGGAAUGUGAGGAGGAGGAGCUGGAGCCGUGGCAGAAAAUCAGCGAUGUGAUCGAGGACUCUGUGGUUGAAGAUUACAAUUUGGUUGACAAAACUGCAACAGUUUCGGUGAGCGUGCAGCCAGUUGCCACCCCAAUGCCGAUCGUCGCUCACGCAUCCAUUGGUGGCGGCCUCACAACCUCCACAUCUGUCAGCGGCAGUGGAGGACCCAACAGCGACAGCACAAAGAAGACACUAGUGACGCUUUUUGCUAACAACAGCGCUGGGACUCCUCUCGUUCAGCAAGGCGGGCAGCCUCUGAUCCUCACGCAGAACCCAGGCUCUGGCCUCAGCACAGUGGUGACCCAACCAGUCCUCCGGCCUGUGCAGGUCAUGCAGAACGCCAACCAUGUGACCAAUUCCCCGGUGACCAGUCAGCCCAUCUUCAUCACGACUCAGGGUUUCCCCGUGCGAAACGUCCGGCCUGUGCAGAACGCGAUGAACCAGGUUGGGAUUGUCCUGAAUGUACAGCAAGGCCAGACAGUGCGGCCCAUUACCCUUGUCCCAGCCCCAGGCACCCAGUUUGUGAAGCCUGCAGUCGGCGUCCCUCAGGUUUUCUCCCAAAUGGCCCAGGUGAGACCUGGUCCGGCCAUGCCGGUCCGGCCGUCUUCCAACACGUUCACGACGGUCAUUCCAGCCACCCUUACCAUCCGGAGCACAGUACCGCAGUCCCAGGCCCAACCGCAAAGUAAGUCCUCUCCCAGCACCUCCUCCACCACCACCACUCCUACUCCAGCACAGCCAGCCGCACUGGGACAGUUAACUGUACAGCAGCCAGGGCAGUCCACUCAAGCUACUAACCCCAAAUUAGUGAGCAUUGCAAGUUUCGUGACGGUGAAAAGGCCCGGGGUGACGGGGGAGAACAGCAACGAGGUGGCAAAGCUGGUGAACACCUUGAACACGGUCCCUUCCCUCGGCCAGAGCUCGGGCCCCAUUGUGGUCUCCAACAACAGCCCGGCCCAUGUCCCCCAGAGAGCAGGCAUCUCGGAGUCUUCGGCGCAGAAAGUCAGCUCCUCCCCCAUCCCCGCCUUCGACCUGCAGGACAGCGGGCGGAAAGUCUGUCCCCGGUGCAAUGCCCAGUUUAGAGUCACUGAAGCUUUAAGAGGCCAUAUGUGUUACUGCUGCCCUGAAAUGGUGGAGUUCCUGAAGAAAGGGAAGCCCCUGGAGUCUGAACCAAAUAUCCAAGCCCCCAAGCCCCCCUCCCCGGAGAAAGCAGCCGCCGUCGCUUCGCCCCCCUCCUCCACCCCCAUCCCCGCCCUCUCGCCGCCAGCCAAAGUCUCUGAGCACAGCGACGGCACGGGCGACGGGGCGCAGAGCAAGCUGAUAAUGCUGGUGGACGACUUCUACUACGGCCGGGACGGCGGGAAGGUGAACCAGCUGCUCAACUUCCCCAAGGUGCCAACGUCCUUCCGCUGCCCGCACUGCACCAAGAGGCUCAAGAACAACAUCCGGUUUAUGAACCACAUGAAGCACCACGUCGAGCUGGAUCAGCAGAACGGUGAGGUGGACGUCCACACCAUCUGCCAGCAUUGUUACCGGCAGUUUUCUACGCCCUUCCAGCUCCAGUGCCACUUGGAGAAUGUACACAGCCCCUACGAAUCGACCACAAAAUGCAAGAUCUGUGAAUGGGCUUUCGAGAGCGAGCCCAUGUUCCUGCAGCACAUGAAGGACACUCACAAGCCAGGGGAGAUGCCCUACGUUUGCCAGGUCUGCCAGUACCGCUCGUCACUCUACUCCGAAGUAGACAGCCACUUCCGAAUGGUCCACGAGGACACGCGGCACCUCCUCUGCCCUUACUGCCUCAAGGUCUUCAAGAACGGCAACGCCUUCCAGCAGCAUUUCAUGAGGCACCAGAAGAAGAGCAUCUAUCACUGCAACAAGUGCCGGCUGCAGUUCCUCUUUGCCAAGGACAAGAUUGAGCACAAGCUGCAGCACCACAAAACCUUCCGCAAGCCCAAGCAGCUGGAGGGGCUAAAACCAGGCACCAAGGUCACCAUCAGGGCCUCCCGAGGGCAGCCGCGGACGGUGCCCUUGUCUGCCAACGACAUGCCCCCAGGCCUCCUCCAAGACACCACCUUGCUCUCAGCCUCGGCGGACCCCCAGCCCAACUUCCUGUGCCCACCCUACCAGAGGAACAUCCAGAAGAAAGCCGUCAGGAAGAUGAGCGUCCUUGGCCGGCAAACGUGUCUGGAGUGCAGCUUCGAAAUCCCGGAUUUCCCAAACCACUUCCCCACCUAUGUCCACUGCUCGCUAUGCCGUUACAGCACCUGCUGCUCCCGCGCCUAUGCCAACCACAUGAUCAACAACCACGUUCCUCGCAAGAGUCCGAAGUACUUGGCCUUGUUCAAAAACUACACUGCUUGCGGAGUGCGAUUGGCUUGCUCGGCUUGUCUCUUUGCCACAUCGGAAGGCGACGCGAUGGCCAAGCACCUUGUCUUCAACCCCUCGCACGAAUUCAGCAACGUACUCCUACGAGGUUCCACCUGGAGUUCACAUUCAAGGCCUGCCCAGCCCUUUGACAGAGACGUGAAGGCCCCCAGCUCCACCUACCCGCCAAUCAAAGCUGCUACUGUGAACACGGCCUCGCCUCUGCCUGAGGACGAGAAAGAGAAGGAGGCGCCUGAAGCCGGCAACAGACCCCCUGUCGUCGCUCCCACUCCGGCUCCCACCACUAUCCAGGAGGACGAAGACGAGUGCUUGAACGUGGAAGAUGAGGACGAGGAGCCGCCGGCGAAGGAAGCGCCUGAGCCGGCGAGCCGAAAGGAGCAGCUCUCGGUGAAGAAGCUACGGGUGGUCCUCUUCGCCCUGUGCUGCAACACGGAGCAGGCGGCGGAGCACUUCAAGAACCCCCCGCGGCGGAUCCGGCGCUGGCUUCGGCGGUUCCAGGCUUUCCAGGAGGAGAACGUGGCCUCCCUGUCAGAGGGGAAGUACCUGAGCUUCGAGGCGGAGGAGAAGCUGGCAGAGUGGGUUCUCACACAGCGGGAGCAGCAGCUGCCGGUCAACGAGGAGACCCUCUUCCAGAAGGCCACCAAGAUCGGGCGGUCCUUGGAAGGCGGCUUCAAGAUCUCCUACGAGUGGGCCGUCCGCUUCAUGCUCCGGCACAACCUCAGCACGCACAACCGCCGGGCGGUGGCCCACCCUCUGCCCAAGGACGUCGAGGGCAGUGCCAGCUGCUUCAUUGAGUUCGUGCAGCGGCAGAUCCACACCCAGGACCUGCCUCUAUCCAUGAUCGCCGCCAUCGACGAGAUCUCCCUCUUCCUGGACGUGGAAGUGCUCUGCAGCGACGACCGGAAGGAGAACGCCUUGCAGACGGUGGGGACGGGGGAGCCCUGGUGCGACGUGGUCCUGGCCAUCUUGGCUGACGGGAGCGUGCUGCCCACCCUCGUCUUCUACCGGGGCCGGGUGGAGCAGGCCGCCAACGUCCCGGAGACGAUUGUGCUGGAGGUGAAGGAGGGUGGCUACAGCGACGACGAGAUCAUGGAGUCGUGGUCCUCCACGGUGUGGCACAAGCACAUAAAGAGCCAGAACAGCAAAGGCAUGCUGGUCCUGGAUUGCCACCGGACGCACCUCUCGGAAGAGGUCCUCUCCGUGCUGAGCUCCUCCAACACGCUGCCGGCCGUCGUCCCUGCCGGCUGCAGCUCCAAAAACCAGCCGCUGGACGUUUGCAUCAAAAGGACCGUGAAAAACUUCUUGCACAAAAAGUGGAAGGAGCAGGCCAAGGAGAUGGCCGACUCCACGUGCGACUCGGACAUCCUCCUCCAGCUGGUCCUGUGCUGGCUGGCCGAGGCGCUCGAGGUCAUCAGCGACUGCCCCGAACUGGUCCAGCAGUCCUUCCUGGUGGCCAGUGUGCUGCCGGGCCCCGAUGGCACGGCCAACACACCCACCCGCAACGCCGACAUGCAGGAGGAGCUCAUUGCCUCGCUGGAGGAGCAGCUGAAGCUCAACAACGAGCCACAGGAGGAAGAGGAGGAGGAGGAAGAGGCAGAGCUGCAGGACGGGGCAUCGGUCGCGCCAGCCGAGGAAUCUGCCAACCCCGAGAUCCUCCACCAGCUCUUUGAAGGGGAGAGCGAGACAGAAUCGUUCUACGGCUUUGAGGAUGCUGACUUGGAUCUGAUGGAAGUCUGAGUGCUUUCCCCCUUGAUCCAGAGAAAGAAGUUCUUUUCCUCUCUCUUUUAUAUAUAUAUAGAUAUAUAUAGAGAUAUAUAGAUAUAUAUAUAAAAGAAAAUCAAUGUUGGAUGAGACCAUUUUCACUUCCCUGUGGAUCUGUGGCUACGGGAGAUUAGUAGGUGAACACGCAGACUAAUAGCCAUUUUAUGCUGUCUGUUCAUUUCUUUAAAAAGAAAAAAAUGUGCUUAAUUUGUUUUUGUUUUUUCUUAAAUCACUGUGUUGCUAUUUUCUGAAGAUACAUUGUGGGUGAAUUAUUUUUUGCUUUUCAUUUUCUUUACCUCACUGUAUUAUAGUUUCUGGGUUGUGUUUGUUUUAUACUGUGCAAAAAAAGGUUUUUAAUUAAGCCACAUCAUCAAUGUGACCUUUUUUCUUUUGAAAAAACCAAGGAACACCAAUAUGUAGCUAAAGAAUGAAAAUCUCUACACCCCACCCCCACUUUUUUAAAAAAUUGUCAUAACACAGACCUCCCCUACCCUUCCCCAUUUUAACACUUGGAUCCAGAAAUGUUGAUUUCUAGGUGAUAACAUCUUUUCUUUCUUUUAAGGUAUGAAUGUUUCCUUUAACACAUUGAACAUUCUGUAGCUGCCCUUUGAAAAUUUGAGGUUUCCUUAUUAACAAAGAGGACAGCAAUUAAAGGCCGACACCGUUGUUUAGGGACAGGAAAGGGGUUGAUCCCGCCUGUUGGUCACCAGCAAAUGGAUCUUUAUAGACAUAGAAGUGCCAUGCUUUGGGUUGACCGAUGAUCUACUUUGGUCGAGAGUUAUCUGGACUUCCAGGCAGCUGUCGUAACUUCCUCGUCUGUUGGCUAAACUACUGGGCACCUGCUCCUUCGGAUUCCUAACAAGAGUAUAAACUGUGGAAGCUUCAAGCCUUUUGACAACUCCGUUCAGGUUGGCAACAUCCUUUCCGGUUGGCUCCUUGGUUGCAAGCUAAGCCUCUCCUGGACCAUUGACUUUAAACCUUCUGGAAACUUAUCGAUAGCUACUGAAUCCUGCUUUCUCCGACGGCGCCAAGACACACUACGUACCCCGAAUUUGCUACUUCGGUUGAACCCAGCUACACACUCAAAAAACAAGGGAGAACUUGUUUUUAUUUUUCACUGCCAGCGUAAAAAACAGAGACAAAAGAAAGACAAAAAGAGAGAUGUUUUUUCUACUGUUUGCAUGUUUGAGAGUUUUUUAAAAAUCGUAACGUAUUAUGGUCUGAACAAUGAAAAGCAUUUUGACAUGACGAAAGAACGUGGGAGCCUUCCCCGCCCUUCAUGCCACUUCUGGUUUUACUUUUUUCCGUUGAAGUUUUAAGACUCUCCUCUGUGGCCGACGCCUUCCCUCCCUUUCCCCGAAGCCCCCAAUAUGCCCACCCCGCUCCCCACCCCAUUGACUCAAGGGAAGAAGGAAACAGGGUGGGCUGACCUGUAAAUGAUUAAUCUCUAAAAUGUACAUACGUGGAACAUUUAAUAAAGCCAGGGAAAUGGAUUUAUAAA